UGUAUUUAUAUGAAUCCCAAGUUCCUUUGUUUUUGUUUUACUACCAUACUUUACAAAAAGUAUUUACUUUUUUUUGUGGAUAUUUUAACUUUUUAAAAACGUUUUUACGGAAUUAGCUCGUGUGAAGUAAUCUUGUAUUUAACCCUGUGAGGACCAAGUUUAACCUCCGUGGUUUGUUUGAGUGACAUUGUGGGGAUCUGUAACCUUGCUGUGGGGGAUGGGCGCAUGUGCUUCUCUAACUCUUAUCUGCUGGGUCCUGUAACUUUUUACAGAUCUUUAUAGAUUCGGUGUUUCAGUGGUUUUCGUAGUUGUGGAUUCAACAACUCGUGUAAAGCCUUCAAGGCCAGGUAUAGUACUUGUAUUUCCAAACUGCCUAAGAUUAUUAAUCUUGUGGUUUAAAUUGAGAUCUUUGUGUUUAGUCGUCAAGUUUGGAUCAAAGGAAUUCGAAGUUAGUUAAAAUGAGUUGUGAGGUCAGUUUUGAAAAGUGCUUCGUCAUGCAGCUGGUUUUGGUCUUGUGAGCGUGAUACUGGGGCCUUUGUGUGGAAGGAGUUUACUGCGUCGUCAUUGUGGAUCCAGUUGGAUUUGUUCGCUUUAUUCUUGAGUAGCGUGUGUUCGACGCCUCAUGUGUUUUCCUCUGUUUGCAGCAGCAGAGAAGGCGACUCGUCCUCAUGUGUUAACGUUUAUCUUUCAUGUUUUACUCGAGUUAUUUCUUAUAAUUCGGUUGUAACACUUCAACAUGGCGGCGGUGUUGCGGUCGUUCUGGUUAGAGGGGAGAGGCUCUGGGCUCCUCAGGGAUACGCGUGACCCGGCGCAAGAACCAAUCAGCUCGUUAGUAUUCGCGCUGGAAGCCCGCGUUAGACCCGUGUCGUCCAAUCAUCGUCGUCGCUUUGCACACGUUGACGUAAUGUAGUGCGAGGAGGAGGGGGGCUACUUCCAUUUUGUACAGGACUCAGAGCGGAGCCAAUCACAGGCCGUGUUUCUGUCAGGCAGGACGCGCACAGCCAAUAGCAUUGCGCCGUUCUCUUGACUGACAGCAGAAACUUGCGAAUAGGUGGGCUCGAAAGGCUGUCUUUGUACCUCCCGCGUCAGGGGGCGUGGUGACUUUGAUGAGCACCUGGAGCAGCCAAUAGGAAGGCAGAGGGCGGUGACAUGUCGGUGCAGUGUGGCCAAUGGGGUGAACGAUGAGUCUAUAAAGGAACGGGUGUAGUCGCAGCGUCGCCAUUUCAACGAAGCAAACCGGGCGGUGUUUUCGUGGCGGGGCGCGGAGAGCAGCGACGAGCAGAGACGGGUCCUGGGUUCUUAACAAUCCGGAUCCAUCCGGACGGACAUGGCCUCGAACCCGCUGCUUGACAGCUCCCACAUCGGGCUUGAUGUUGGCAUAAUGGGAGUCACACAGAUGGACCAGGGCACAGCAGGAAAACGCAUCCGAAAACCUUCACUGCUCUACGAGGGCUUUGAGAGUCCAGGGAUGCCCACCAUCAGUCAGAUGGCCCAAUCGGGACCCCCUCACCCGCUGGUGAAAGACCCCAACCGGGAUGGAAAGAUGACAAACCAACUUCAGUUCCUGCAAAAAGUCCUGCUCAAGUCCUUGUGGAGGCACCACUUUGCCUGGCCCUUCCACGAACCUGUAGACGCAGCCAAGCUCAGCCUGCCUGACUAUCACAAGAUCAUCAAAACUCCCAUGGACAUGGGCAGCAUUAAAAGGAGAUUGGAAAAUAAUUUCUACCGCAGUGCCAGUGAGUGCAUGCAGGACUUCAACACCAUGUUUACCAACUGCUACAUUUAUAACAAGCCUACAGAUGACAUAGUGCUGAUGGCCCAGUCCCUGGAGAAGGCGUUCCUACAGAAAGUUGCUCAGAUGCCCCAGGAUGAGUUGGAGCUUCCCUCAGCGCCUCUACGGAGCAAACCAGUCAAACCUGGCAAAAAGGGCAGAGGAAAUGCAGUCUCUGGAGGAGUGACAACAGCUCAUCAGGUCCCAGCUGUCUCCCAGUCAGCGUACUCUCCUCCCACCCCAGAAACACCCGACUCCAUUCUCUCCACCCCCCCACAAACACUUAUGAGCAAGAGCUUGCCCUCUGUUCUUCCAACUGAACAGAGUAUCCCCACCAUUACAAGUCUGCCUCCCACCCAGCCCACUGCUAAGAAAAAGGGUGUGAAGAGGAAAGCAGACACAACCACCCCAACCACUGUAGCCAUGCCAAUCAUGAGCACAAUGGGUGUCAGUGGCAUCAGCCUUGGGAUGGGCGCUGGGCACAACUCGCCACUCACCCUGACUUCUCUUGAGGUGGACCAUAACUCCAGCCUGGGGAUGAACCAAGGCCUCAGCAUCAGCCAGGGGAUGGGGAUGGGAAUGGGGAUGAGUAUGGCCAUGGGAAUGGGCCGUGGAACAGUGAUGAUGGGUUCCAAAUCAUCAGGAAACAGCAGGAGAGGAGUAAGCGGCCGACCCAUCAAGCCUCCCAAGAAGGAUUUACCAGAUUCCAUUCUGCCGCCACCGGUGCGCCGCAGCAAGCUGAGCCCUCAGCUACGCUACUGCAGCGGGGUCUUGAAGGAGCUGCUGUCGAAGAAGCAUGCAGCGUACGCCUGGCCGUUCUAUAAGCCCGUCGAUGCCUCAACACUCGGUCUCCACGACUACCACGACAUCAUCAAACAGCCCAUGGACCUCAGCACCAUCAAGCUCAAGAUGGACGGCAGAGAUUAUCGUGAUGCGCAUCAGUUCUCUGCAGACGUCAGACUGAUGUUCUCUAACUGCUACAAGUACAACCCCCCUGAUCAUGAUGUGGUGGCCAUGGCUAGAAAACUCCAGGAUGUCUUUGAAUUCUGCUUUGCAAAGAUGCCAGACGAGCCUCCGGCACCACCGAGCUCAUCGUCCUCCUCGUCCUCGUCCUCUUCCUCAUCUGAGAGUGAGCCCAGCAGUGAGAGUGAGGAGAGCGAGAGCAGCCCGAGCUCUGACUCUGAGGAGGAGAGGGCCAACCGGCUGGCGGAGCUGCAAGAGCAGCUGAAAGCCGUGCACGAGCAGCUCACUGCACUCUCCCAGGGCCCCAUCGUCAAACCUAAGAAAAAGAAAGACAAGAAAGACAAGAAGAAAAAGAAGAAGACUGUAGAAAAGGAGAAGCAUCGGAGGAUAGAGGAGGAAGAGCUGCCGCCGGUAAGGCCUCCAAAAACACCCAAAAUUACCAAAACCCCAAAAUCGAAGAGCAAAAGCGCUGUGGCCGUACCUGUUAUACCGAUCAAGAAGGCCCCGAGCAAGAAAAACAACAAGAGCAAAGCCAAGAAGAGCCGCAUGAUGUUUAACUUGCCUCAGCCGGUCCAUGAACCCAUAGUGAGUCACUUUGACUCUGACGAGGAGGAGGAGACGGCGCCCAUGUCGUAUGAUGAGAAGCGUCAACUCAGCCUGGACAUCAACAAGCUGCCUGGCGAGAAGCUGGGCCGCGUGGUUUACAUCAUCCAGUCCCGAGAGCCUUCACUCAGAGACACCAACCCCGAGGAGAUCGAGAUCGACUUCGAGACGCUGAAGCCCUCAACGCUGCGGGAGCUGGAGAGAUAUGUCAUGACGUGUCUGAGGAAGAAACCUCGAAAGCCAUAUGCAAGUAAACAGAACAUGGCUGGCAAGUCCCGGGAAGAGCUCACUCUGGAGAAGCAGCAGGAGCUGGAGAGAAGGUUGAUGGACGUCAGCGGGCAGCUGAACUCUGGAAAGAAACCUCCCAAGAGCAAACCAGAGAAACCUGCGACAGACACCAACACCCAGCCGGCACGCCUCAGCGCCAGCAGCUCGUCCUCGGACUCCUCUUCAUCAUCCUCUUCCUCCUCAUCCUCAGACACAAGCGAAUCCGACUCCGGCUGAGAAGCGGCAGGUGUUCCACGUCACAGGGGUCACGUGAAGGACCCUUAAUGUCUCGAUUACAAACCGAGUGGACUGAGCUGUAGUAGAUCCACCGAUGAUGGAGCCGCAGGGCGGUUCGGACGGAACCGGCAGGAGACAGAACUGGUCCAACUCCUCAACGAGUGUCCAACCUAGACGGAGAGGGGCGGGGCUCUCACUGCGCUCGGCUCAUUCAUCCAGACCUGGACAGCAAACUUUGAGGGUUGAUGAAUGGAUGGAUCGUAGGAGACUCUUAGAAACGUCCUGCCGCUCUCUGGAGAACCGGCCUCGUCGUGCAGAGGGAGAAAUGUCCUGCGAACAAAGGAGAAGAGCGGUGGAUGCUUUGGAGGGAUAAAGGUGCUAGAGCCAGAAUCUGUCUUAUUUCUGGCGAUAAUUUUCCUUCUUACCGAGCUCCCUGUCCUAAUGCUGUAUAGACGAGAUGUACAGUUAUAUAAAAAUCUAUUUUUCUUUUAUAAAGAAGCAUUUUAAUGAGCUAAUUUAUUCCCUCAUUCUGGGAAAGAUGUUCUGGCGUGGGGCGGAGUUGUGGUUUGUUUAGUUUUUUGGGGGGUUAACAAAGAGGGGAAGUGUGUGUGUGUGAGAGAGAGAGAGAAUGAGUCAUGUAUGUGUUUGCAUGCACAUGCGUGAGUGUGUGACCCGGCACCACGAGUGCAGCCUUGUGAAAUCCCUCGUAGUUUUGACGCAGGCGUUGAAAACCGGUCUGCACGCAGAAGCACCUUGGUUCAGCAGAAAACAGAAUGCAUGCAAUACAGAGGAGCUGGCAACACCUGCAUACUUAUGUACUACUUUACUGCAUCCUAGUGUACUCAUGUUCUCGUUUAAAGGGUUGGCCACUGUACAGAAAUGUGACAUAACGCAUCAGUUUGUAUGUUAAUAUUUCUGUUCUCAUGUUGGCUGUUUUUUUUUUCAUCCCCUUUUUCAAUUUCUCUGUAAACGUUUUGCUUUUUCUCUCUCUGUGACCAAUCUGCUAAUAAAUGGUGAGGACGUGUCUUGUCCACUCACCCGUUCCGAAAUAA